UUCAUCAGUCUCUGAGCUCAGUUCCAUAGAAUAUAGUAAGCAGAGGCCAUUUUUUUUUCCUGCUUGCUCCUAGGAUUUUGGAAACAGGCAAAUUCUGGGUCAGAAACUGCAGAAAAUGUCUUUCCCAUUGUCUCCACAAGCUCCAUGGAGGAACAACAAUAUUACCUUUCUGAACAGAGAAACUCCCUUCACAGAACAAGGAGAGACUGUUAUUGGCUUCUAUCUGCUUGCUUUGGGUUGGAUGUCUUGGUUUGGAAAUAGCAUUGUGAUUUUUGUGUUGUACAAGCAGCGAGCUAUCCUGCAGCCCACAGAUUACCUAACGUUUAACCUGGCUAUAUCUGAUGCUAGUAUCUCUGUCUUUGGUUAUUCCCGGGGCAUCAUUGAAAUCUUUAAUGUAUUCAGAGAUGACGGAUUUCUUAUAACAUCAAUAUGGACUUGUCAGAUUGAUGGAUUUCUGACAUUUUUGUUUGGUCUUGCUAGCAUUAAUACACUCACAGUGAUAAGUGUGACCCGCUACAUAAAAGGCUGCCAUCCUAGUAAAGUGCAUUGUAUCAGCAACAGCAGCAUCUCUGUGAUCCUUGUCUUUAUAUGGGUAGCAGCUUUCUUCUGGUCAGUAGCUCCAGUUCUGGGAUGGGGCAGUUAUACAGACCGCAUGUAUGGAACAUGUGAAAUAGACUGGGCAAAAGCCAACUUUUCAGCAAUCUACAAGGCCUACAUUGUGUCCAUUUUCAUCUGCUGUUUCUUUCUACCUGUGACUAUCAUGAUUUUCUCAUAUGUGUCCAUCAUCAAUACAGUCAAGUCAAGCCAUGCACUAAGUGGAAUGGGAGAUCCAACUGAUAGGCAGAGGCGCACGGAACGAAGUGUCACAAGGGUGUCCAUAGUCAUUUGCACAGCCUUUAUCACUGCAUGGUCUCCAUAUGCAGUCAGCUCUAUGUGGUCUGCCUGUGGUUACCCUGUGCCACAUCUAACUAGCAUCCUUGCCAGUCUUUUUGCAAAGUCUGCCAGUUUCUACAACCCCAUCAUUUACUUUGGAAUGAGCUCCAAAUUCCGACGGGACAUCUUCAUUUUGCUUCACUGUGCCAGAGAGAUUAAGGAUCCUGUGAAGCUCAAACGGUUCAAGCAUCUCAGGCAGAAACAGGAGACAUCACCUUCUCAGAUGGAAGAGAAAUAUACAGAAAAUGUUCAGCCCGCUCUGAGUCCCGAUUCUGGGGUGGGGAGUCGUUCUAACACCCCUCCUCCUGUAAACAAGGAGACAUAUUUUGGUGUUUUCAAUAUUUCGCCCAACAAUCCUGAUAUUGAAUGUGUUCGACUGUGAGCACUCUGGGUAUACACAAUAUACAGUGGGUGAACAAAACAUGUAGAAUAUUUCCCAAUCACUUUUAUCUCCAUCUUUUCCCUUAGCACUGAUGACACGCCAGUAUAAGUGUAGCAGAUCAAACACAAAGGUGGGAGGCAAAUCUAGCACAAGUGAAGAUUUGUUUCUCUGCAGCUGUACAACAGCAAAUGAAA